UGAGUUGGAGGAAGAGCUGCUCUGACAGCUCUAUAAGUCAUACAUUUUGAGGCCAAUGUGCUGAAGUUUUCCGGGUCUGAGUUAGGGAAAGAGGACGAAACGUCUACAUUUUCAACGCCCAUAUCUCGUUAUAUGGGUCAGAUAACUGGAUUUUAUCGAGCUAUGCUUUGCUAAUCGAGAGCGGUCACUGCUGCAUAACACAAACAAACGCGUAAUUUUCGCUUCUUUUAGAGACAGAAAGGUUUGUUUUUACUACGUUUUGUUUAUUCUAAGAGCUCAUAUCGCAUGUUAAUGGUGAUUCAAUUAUUGAUACCACGAUGGCAGUGAAGGCUCAGGUAUUAUAUGACUUCACCGCUGAGCCUGGCAACAAUGAGCUGACUGUUCAAGAAGGUGAAAUACUCACGCUCACUAACCAGAGUAUAGGCAGUGGCUGGGUAGAGGCUCGGAAUUCCAGAGGAAAUGUGGGCCUGGUGCCCGAGGACUAUAUUGAGACCACAUCACUGAGCAGACUGUUAUUCCAUUUGAUUAACCCUGGUUCCACACAAGCAUCAAGUGACACACAAGCCACACAGUACAUUGAUGCUCACAAUCAAGAUUGCAACAGCAGUUCAGCAAACUCUCAGGCGAUUAAUGGGAAUGAGGCUUGGACUGCCACGACAUGGUCCAACAACAACCCUGCGAACAACCUGAACCACGCUGAACAGGAACCAGCAGGCAAUAAUGGUUCUGUCUAUUCCUUCGAUGAGGAAUGGGACGAUGAUUCCGAUGAUGGAAAGUCGACAGGCGGCUAUGGAGGCUCACAGGCAGAAGAGGGCGGAACGAUGCAGCGGGGCGGGGCUCACUCUACUAUGAAAUUAUCCCUCAACAAGUUUCCAGGGUUCUCUAAGACUCCAAAUCCAGAAGUGUAUCUGCUUACCAAGCACAUAUCUAAAGGAGAUGACAGACUGCCAAUUUAUAUGGGCGAGGUAGGUCCAGUAUGGUUGUAUCCACAAAUUCAGUUAGAUUGUGUUGUGGCUGAUCCCAAAAAGGGGUCAAAAAUGUACGGCCUGAAGAGCUACAUUGAAUACCAGAUCACACCUAAUACUACAAACAGACCAGUCAAUCACAGAUACAAACACUUUGACUGGUUAUAUGAGAGGCUUGUGGAGAAGUUUGCCUGUGCUCUGCCAAUCCCAUGUCUACCUGACAAACAAGUUACAGGCCGAUUUGAAGAGGAAUUUAUCAAAAUGCGCAUGGAACGCCUGCAGGGCUGGAUGUCCCGCAUGUGUCGGCAUCCGGUGAUCUCAAACAGUGACGUUUUCCAGCUCUUCCUUAACUACAGAGAUGAGAAGGAGUGGAAACUAGGGAAGCGGAAAGCAGAAAAAGAUGAAAUAGUGGGAGUGAAAAUCUUCUCCAACAUAGAUCCAGAGCUCCCAGAGUUAGAUCCUGCUCAAGUGGAGCAGAAAUAUGAAAUGUACAGCCAGUUUACUAGAUCUAUGGACAACAGUGUUAAAGAACUACUGGCUGUUGGGCAUCUUCACUGGAAGAGAUGUACAGGCCCAUUACAAAAGGAGUAUCGGCAGAUUGGAAAAGCAUUUCAGAACCUUUCAUCAGUUUUCAACACUAGUGCAUACCCAAGGGAAUACACUCUGAAGGAAGCAUUGACUGCAACAGGAAAAACGUAUGAGGAAAUAGCAGAAAUCGUUGCAGGACAGCCAAAAAAAGAUCUACACUUCCUGAUGGAAACAAACCAUGAAUACAAGGGACUACUGGGCUGCUUCCCUGACACAAUAGCAGUUCACAAGGCUGCCAUUGAUAAAGUAAAAGAGGCUGAUCAUUUGGUGGUGAUGAAUAAGAUUAGCCAACAAGAUAAACUCAUCAUGGAAAAAAACCUCAGCACCAUGUCUUAUGCAUUGCAAGCGGAGAUGAAUCACUUCCAUAGCAACCGUAUCUAUGACUACAACAGACUCGUGCAGUUCUACCUGGAGGAACAGGUGAAAUUCUAUGAAACGAUUGCUGAAAAGCUGAAGAAAGCGCUUGGUCAGUAUACCACCAUGUGAGGACUCGCUCUGAACAGCAAUACUCAUCAAACUGUGUCAGUUCUGUGGGAUUUAAAGAAAGGAUGCUGCUUUUGCUUUUUUUAAUGCUAAUUCACAAUUAACCAUCUUGUUUCCAUAAAAUUCUGUAUUGCUGCAUUGUGUCAUAUAUAUAAAAUAUAGGUUAUAAGGGAACAAACUAUGUUAGAUGUGCAAAUCAUCAUUCACCAAAUAUUGUGUUCACAGAAACAGGUAAAAUACAAAGCUUAACUGUUAUUUAAGCUAAUGUAACACUUCCCGACGUUAAAAGAAUAGUUCAUGCAAAAAUGAAAAUUUGCUCACCCUCAGGCCAUCCAAGAUGUAGGUAAGUUUGUUUCUUCAUCGGAACAGAUUUUGAGAAAUAUAGCAUUAAAGUAUAUCACUUGCUUUUACAUCACUAGACGUUAAUUGAUGGACUGGAGUGAUGUGGAUUACUUGUGAUGUUUUUAUCAGCUGUUU